CCAAACAGCUGUUGCCGCUGACUAAUAACUUCGUUAAACAAAACUUCUAAACAAUAUUUAACUAUAUUUAAAGGCAAUGCACGGCCGCGUGAAAGUAAGGACUACCGAGGAGGAGCGUGAGCGGAAGAAGAAGGAGCAGGCCCUGAAAGUCCGGGCCUAUCGGGCCGCCAUGGGAAGGAUCCAAAAGAAACGCGAAGCGGGGGAGUUGGACAACGAAAUGCUCACCCUGACGGUUCAGAUUCUGCAGCGAAAUCCGGAUGUGAGUACGCUGUGGAACAUUCGUAGGGAGUGCGUUCUGGAGAAGCUGUCCAAACUGAAGGAUGAGGAGGAACGAUCCCAGCAGGAAGUGGAGGAGAAACCCACUGAAGAAGGGCCACUGGAGGAUGAACCCCAAGAAAAGGAGCCCCUCGCCGAUGACAAGGCCCAUUCCAUAUUCACCUGCGAACUAGACCUCACGGAGCAGUGCCUGAUGGUCAAUCCCAAGUCCUACAACGCCUGGCACCAUCGCUGCUGGACCCUAGAGCAGAAUCCCCGGGCGGAUUGGCAGCGGGAGCUGCAGCUGUGUAACAAAUACCUCAAGUUCGACGAGCGCAACUUCCACACCUGGGACUACAGGCGCUAUGUGACCGAAAAGGCCUCGGUGCCCGCGGCCCAGGAACUGGACUUUUGCACCGAGAAGAUCAAGGUCAACUUCUCCAACUACUCCAGUUGGCACCAUCGGAGUCUGCUGCUCCCAGAACUCUAUCCAAACGAGCAGAAAACCCGGCCCAUGAGUGAGGAGAAACUGCAGCAGGAACUGGAGAUGGUUCUGACGGCUGCCUUCACGGAUCCCAACGACAGCAGUGCUUGGUUCUAUCAGCGAUGGUUACUGGGCAGUGGCGCCCAGCUGGACCGGGCUCCCAGGAUAGCUGCCUUUCGACUGGAGUCCCACGGAGCAGUCCUCGCUCUAGAUAAACCCUACCCAGAUCUUAAGCAACUCAAAACUGAACUGGUCGGUGGAGAGCAAAAGGUUCUAUUACAAUCCUGGCUGCCAGUGGACUGCUCUGGAACCAGUUGGAAAUGCCAGCAAACAUUCGAUUACCAAAGAAACACUACCUACACCCUUAAACUUUCCGAACAGGAGGUGAAUCUCUUACCACUUCCUGGUAACGAAGAUGGAGCAUUUUACUUUGCGCCACCACAUGCUGUUGCCAGUUGCAGCAAGGAACUCCUGGCAGAACUGCAAACGCAGCUGCAAUCCUGCCUAGAACUGCUGGAAUUCGAGCCCGAUAGCAAGUGGACUUUACUAACCAGUGCCCUCCUAAUGCGUGCCAUCGAUGCUUCAGCCAAUCACCAAAAAAGUUUAGAACACUUGGCCAAACUGGAGAAGGUGGAUGCUUUAAGGGAGGGAUACUACAAAGAUCUUGCAGCCAGAUGGACUUUGGAGUUGGAGCUCGCCAAGUGGCCUCAAGCUGAUGGAUUUCCCAGGGACUUUGCGUUGCCGCAGGAUGUUAUCCUGGCAUCGCUGCCUUAUAAACAAUACUUUAUCAUUGCCGAUGAGUUGAAAUUGUCCUCAAAACUCAAGGAGACACUGGGCGAUUUAGUGCCGAAAACCUUUAAAAACUUAAAGGUGCAGAAUGAUUUGUAGACUACACUAAGCGGGCUUUGAGGUUUCAUUUGAAUGGGUUUCCAUUUGCUAAACUUUAUUUCCCGGUCGAUCCUUGGUGAGCCUUUUACAGGAUUGGGUAUCCUGAGAAAAAUUUUGAAUUAUACAACAAAUUAAUAAAUUAGCAAAUAUUCCUAUUUAUACAUACAUUGAUUUGUAUGGACAGACAAGUUUUGUAUAUACAUAAAAUAACCAUUAUUACGCUUUAUGAAAUAUAUCAAAAUAUACAAAUGAAAAAUAUUCCCAAAAAAAAUA